UCGACGAUGGCAAGCAAGAAGGAUGAGCGUACCUACAUUAUGAUCAAGCCUGAUGGCGUCCAGCGUGGACUCAUAGGUGAUAUCCUCAAAAGAUUUGAACAGAAAGGAUUCAAGCUGGUUGCAAUGAAGUUCAUGCAGCCAACCGAGGAACUACUGGCGAAGCAUUAUGGUGAUUUGAGUUCAAAGCCAUUUUUCCCAACGCUAGUGAAGUUCAUGGCCUCCUCUCCUGUGGUAUGCAUGGUGUGGGAAGGUCUGGGUGUCGUCGCCACUGGCAGGACAAUGCUCGGUGAAACUGAUCCAGGCAAGUCUAAUCCAGGCACCAUUCGAGGUGAUUUCUGUAUCCACAUUGGACGUAACAUCUGCCAUGGAAGUGACUCGGUUGACAGUGCAAACAAGGAGAUUGCCCUGUGGUUCAAGGAGGAAGAAUUGGUGAAAUGGACCCCCACAGAGCAGCAAUGGAUCUAUGAAUAAACUCUGUUAGCUGAUUAGAGAAAUCAACUACAUGUAUUGACUGUUUUAGAAGAUGAAUUAUGAAAGUUUGUUCACAGUACAACAAUCAGAGAAAUUAUCUGCAUCAACUUUAAA